AACUUCACUUCCUUUCCUUCCCUCAGCCUCACCCUCUCUCCAGCAGCACCACCUCCCCCACCUUUCUGUUGUAUUCCGCGAUCACGACAUGCCUUUUAAAUGUUAAGUGAUGAGAGAGAGUGAUUCAGAAGAGAAUGAGAGAGAGGGGGGGAGAGAGAGAGAGGGAGAGUCUUAUCCCCCUCGCGAGCUGCUCGGCUGCAGAGCUCGCGGAGGACAGGAUGGAGCGGAUGGAGUCCAUGGAGCCGAUCUCUGCGCACUACACCACAGAUUACCCGGAGAUCCAUCCUGAUAGCGGGUUCGAGUCCAGAGAGAGCUGUGACAUCCAGGCGAAGACCCCCCCGCCCACCACAUAUGAUGAGGAACUGGUGCACAAGACCAUCCUGGUGGGAGACAGUGGAGUGGGGAAGACUUCUCUGCUGGUGCAGUUUGAUCAGGGGAAGUUCAUCCCAGGCUCCUUCUCUGCUACAGUGGGCAUUGGAUUCACGAAUAAAGUGGUGACUGUUGACGAUGCAAAGGUCAAGCUACAGAUUUGGGACACCGCAGGACAGGAGAGGUUCAGAAGUGUGACACAUGCAUAUUACAGAGAUGCUCACGCUCUGCUCCUGCUCUACGACAUCAGCAGCAGAACCUCCUUUGACAACAUAAGGGCGUGGCUAACUGAGAUCCAUGAGUAUGCACAAAGUGAUAUAGUCAUCAUGUUGCUGGGCAACAAGUUGUUGGCUGCAAUUCUUCCUAGACCUGGCGGUGGAUCAGCAACUGAGAUGGCCCUCUGUGUGUUUGCCUGGGUUGUCCUGCACAAGAAGUUAUGGAGAAUACAGGCUGACAUGAGCAGUGACAGAGCCAUCAGGAGGGAAGAAGGAGAGAGGCUGGCCAGAGAGUACUCCGUUCCUUUCAUGGAGACUAGUGCCAAGACAGGAGUGAACGUGGAGCUGGCCUUCACUGCUGUGUCCAAGGAGCUGAAGCACCGGGCUGUCCAACAUCCCAAUGAACCCAAGUUCCAGAUCCAUGAGUACAUUGAAGCUCAGAAGGAGAAGUCCGGCUGCUGCAGCUACAUCUGAGUCUCUCUGCUUUUGAGUGGGAGGAAGCCCCAUGAACUAACUGAAGCUCCUAGAAUAUUCUGCUGCCAUCCUUUCACAAGAUAAACCCAGCUACACUCACUUAGCCCAUGGUUUGCUUUAGCCGAGAGCUUUUUACCCCAGGAACAUGUUCAAACUUUGCCUGACUUAGCAUACUCAGCCAUAACCACACUCCAACUGAAAACCAAUCCAAUUUAAAUGAAUUUUCAUAUUUAACUAAUUAUAUCAUUAAUGCUUUUUUGAACACAGUUUUUUUGUGCUUGCUUUACAUAGAACUCAGAGAAACGUUUUUUUACCUAAUUUAAUGUAUCAUAAAAAGUGUGUUACAAGACACCACUCUGCCAAAGUGCAAGGAAGCUUCAGGCAGUUUCAUAAACCCACACAAUUCUGGCACAGGCCAGAGGAGCACACAGUCUUAGUGUGGAUCAGCCUUGAAAAAUGUACAAUUGUACAACCUUGUGUAUUAUGCAAUCUACAGACAGACACACAAAGGCCAUAGAUGCAGUUCAAAGACAUCCCCCUUGGACAAAGCCCUGUCUGUUAAUGACGCCGUGAGGAGAAACGCUCAGGGACCACGAUGCAGGAAGCUAACAUGCUCUGAGCCAGAAGAGUAAGAGCAGCAACUGCUUCUCAACAUGCAGAGGAACCCAAAUGUUCUGGUCUCCUGAAACAUGUCACUCGCAGAAGAUUGCUGCAUAGGACCAUAACUUGGAUCUCCAGUUUUGUCUAAUAAAUGUACAGUACAUCAUAUUGUGUUUAUAUAAUGUGAGUGAGUGAGACAACAAUGUUGUUUGCAUGACUUACCUUCCUGUGUGUGUGUGUGUUUGUGUGUGUGUGUGUGUGUGCGUGCGUGUGUGUGUGUGUGUGUGUGUGUGUGUGUGUGUGUGUGUGUGUGUGUGGUGUGUGUGUGUGUGUGUGUGUGUGUGUGUGUGUGUGUGUGUGUGUGUUUGAGAUAUAUAUAUAUAUAUAUAGAUAGAUAGAUAUACAGUAAAUAUAAUUUGUGUAUUUUGCUUUUAUGGCUUGAUGAAGGACUCUAAAGCUCAGCUGCUGGGUUGCAUGUACCAAAUGUGUGCGCAGUACCUCUAGGUGGCUAUGGGAUUAGUUUUGUAUCAUAAAGAUAAAGCAACACUUUCUCAGAAUAAAGCAAAACUAUGAGUUUAAAAGAAAAAAAAACGGAGUCAAGCAAAAUAAAAUACAUUUCAAAAAUAAAA